AUGCGCAAAUUCUACGGCGACGUAAUCGAGAAGGCUACCGAAAAGACCUUACUGAAGGACCCCUUCAAAGAACACCUCAUCGAAGAAGGAUCUAUCCAAAAGGUACUCGUCAACCUAAUCUUCAAGCUGAAUGAGCAUAAAUGGCGACAUUCCUUUGGCUUCCAGCAGGAGAACAUCGAUGCGAUGAAUGACGAAGGCACGCGACUUCGAUACAGAUUGAAAGAGCUCACUGGGUGCGAAUAUGUGUACACAACAGGCAAGUGGUCUGAUCCCGACGCGAAGCGGCCUUGGGGCGCAGUAAUUGAGGCAGAAAGACACUGGAGAAACAACCGACCACUGAAACUAGUGGCCGACCCCGAUCUGGAAUCGGAAUUCCAUGCUAUUAAGUGGUGUGUGGAGUGGGUUCGGAUAGAGGUGAACGCUGCGAAGAUAGCAUCCAAGCCUUAA